AUUGUGAAGUGUUUGUUUAUAAAAUAAAAUAAUAAUGAUCCUGUCGCGCUCGAAGCCAGCAGCCGACAGUCGCGGCAAUACGGGCAGCAGCUCGGCCAAGAAGAGCUUCCCCGAGCUCGAGGACUUCGUGCACAAGAGAGAUUAUGUCGGAGCACUCACUAUGCUCGAGUUCCUCCAACACGAAGGCAACACAGAGGUUUGGGCGGACGCGUGGGCGGCGUGGUGCUGGUUCCACCUGGGCGAAUACAGACGAGCACUUGACGCCUACUUACGUGUGCGCAGUCGGGAAAAGCUAGAUCCGCGUGUGGCUGAUCACAUCGCCUUGGACGUCGCCGUCUGCUACUUCUACUUAGGUAUGUACAAGGAGUCACAAGAAGCGGCUGAAGAAGCACCUAAAUGCGCGCUCAAAACGCGUCUGACGUUCCACUUGGCACACAAGCUUGGCGACGAGGAGGCGCUUAUGAAGGCCCACGCGGCGCUCCGCGACGUGCCCGAAGACCAACUGUGCCUGGCCUCUGUGCACUACCUGCGGGCCCACUAUCAAGAAGCCAUUGAUGUUUACAAGAAACUACUGCUGGAUAGGCGAUAUAAGCGCUAUGAAAGAGACGAUAUGGAUUGGAUUAAAGUGUUGAAUCAUUCUGCUGGGAACUACAUGGCACUGAACGUGUACGUGGCUCUGUGCUACUACAAACUGGACUACUACGACGUGUCGCAAGAGGUGCUGGGGGUAUACCUGGCGCACCACCCCACUUCCACCGUGGCCGGCAACUUGAAAGCUUGCAAUUUGUUCAGAUUAUACAACGGCAAGGCCGCAGAAUCUGAGCUAAAGCAGAUAUCAUCCGAUCAGCACACGUUUGGCCAAGAUCUGGUGAAACAUAAUCUUGUGGUGUUCAGAAACGGCGAGGGAGCAUUAAAGGUUCUACCAGAAUUGGUAGACGUAGUGCCCGAAGCUCGCCUCAACCUGGCCGGCUACCGGCUGCGGAACAGAGAGCCGUUGGAAGCCAGGGCUCUGCUGGAGCCACUGCAAGCCACCUCGCCUCUGCAUUACAUCUUGAGGGCGGUUGUGGCUGUUCGACUCUACAAUGAGACUGGUGACGAGGAACAGAUGAAGCUAGCGCAGCAAAGCUUCCACCUCGUAGGCAGUUCAGCAUCGGAGUGCGACACGAUCCCCGGCCGGCAGUGUAUGGCGUCCUCGUACUUCCUAGCGGCGCAGUUCGAGGAGGUGCUGGUCUACCUCAACUCCAUCAAGAGCUUCUUCGUCAGCGAUGACACUUUCACCUUCAACUACGCGCAAGCCAAAGUGGCAACAGGGUUCUACCGCGAAGCUGAGGAGUGUCUCCUCGGCAUCCAGGAUGAUGGCAUACGAAGCACGUUCACGUAUCAGGCCUGCUUGUGCCGCUGCCACGUCAUGAACCGAGACGCAGCCCUGGCGUGGGAGAUAUGCGUCAAGUCCGCUGGAACUCCUGACAACUUCGCGCUGCUGCAACUGGUGGCCAAUGACAGCUACCGCAUGGGACAGUUCCUGGUGGCUGCUAAGGCCUUCCACAUGUUGGACAGGCUGGAUGGAGGGCCAGAAAUGUGGGAAGGUCUUCGCGGGGCAGUGUGUGGAUGCGCACAGGCCGCCGCCGCCAACAAGCCGCACGCCGCGGCCGAAGUGAGGGACGCUUUGUCGCUGCUCAGAGGUCCCCGGGCUCACCCCCGAGCAGACCACAUUCUGCGGCCCAUCACGCGCUGGGCGCAACAGAAUCGGAUCCCGGUAUGAUCCGAGGGCUGCAAAUUGGCCUAACGCCAAUUUUGCAUUUUCGUAGUUUAUAGUGGUCAACUAAUAAAUAGUCGAUAG